UGGAUGGCGGUAUCAGUGCUGCCAGGGGCUUGCUUGACUGCUCAGAGCCAAUCAACGACAACGAGCUCGGUAUGCAGGAAGCGCAGAGGAGUGGUGCAUGCUCGUCUGCUGUAGUGUCUACACAGCUGCAUGUCUGCCAAAGUAAACGUGCACUUACCUAGUUUCAGGCGACAGAUUAGGCUGGCUAGACAACCAAGGUAGCAGACCUCAACCAACUCCCUCACGCAAUGGACUGGGAAGGAAGCAGUGAAUCCCACAGCCAUAUGGAGGAUGGGUGCCAUGGACACGGACACGGACACAGUCACGGCCCUGGAGGGCACGGUUUUGGCGGCAUGGGCCACGGGUUCAUGCCAGGUCUGCCCGGUCAGUUUGCCCCGAGGGGAGAGGCCAUGACAGACCCGACGCAGCAGCCCAAGAAACGCUCACACAUGGACGACAGCAGCAGUUGGGAUAUCGUCAAAGCAACACAGUUUGGAAUCCUGGACAGGUGUAAAGAGCUCAUCGAGGCUGGAUAUGACGUCACGCAGCCAGAUAAGGAGAACGUGACGUUGUUACAUUGGGCAGCUAUUAACAACCGCCUGGAGUUGGUCAAGUACUUCAUAUCGAAAGGGUCAGCCAUCGACCAGCUGGGCGGGGAUCUGAACUCCACGCCACUGCACUGGGCCAUACGGCAAGGUCACUUGGCCAUGGUAAUCCAGCUGAUGCGUUACGGUGCCGACCCCAAUCUGGCGGACGGGGAGGGUUACCGGGGCCUGCACCUGGCCGUACUCUUCCAGCACAUGCCCAUCGCAGCUUACCUCAUGGCCAAGGGACAGGAAGUGGAUUUAAUGGACCAAAAUGGACAGACCUCUUUGAUGUUGGCAGCUCAAAAAAUCAUUGGGCCCGAGCCCACCAACUUCCUCAUCAAGUGCAAUGCCUCGGUGAACGCGGUGGACAAGGUGAAGAGGAACUCUCCGCUGCACUGCGCCGUGCUGGCGGGAAACGUGGACUCGGUCCACAUCCUGCUGGAGGCAGGGGCCAGCGUGGACAUGGAGAACGGAGAUGGUGACACGCCGAUCGAUCUGGCCCACCAGGUGCACAGUCCGCUGCUCAUUCACAUGCUCAACCAUAUCAAGCAGGAGAGGAUCAAGUCCAACUCCGCGUGCCUCAAGUUCUUCAACAGAUACAGGACGUGUCUGCAGCUGCUGUUCUGUGUGUUCGUGAUGUGGGCGGUGGGAGGCAUCCUCAAUAUGGCCUCAGAGUCCUGGCUGCUCAAGGGAGUCCUACUGGCCUGCAUCCUGGCAAUGGUCAACCUCGCAUCACGCCAGACAUCAGGGUACAACAUCCGGGACCAGAUCCCCUCCAUGACCCUCAUGGCCUCCAUCUUCUGGAUGCUCUUCACCUGGUUCAUCUACUUCAUCCCUGAUAGUCCGAGUGCCACGGUGCAGGUGCUGUUCACCCUGAACGUGACAUCGCUGCUCUACUACUACUUCCGCUGCAGCAGGACAGACCCAGGGGUCAUCAGAGCCACCGAGGAGGAGAAGAAGAAGAACGUGGUGGUGCUGGCGGAGGCUGGCUGCCUGGAUCCCAGGAUCUUCUGCACCUCCUGCAUGAUGAGGAAGCCAAUGAGAGCCAACCACUGCAUGGCAUGUGACGCCUGCGUAGCCAAGCAGGACCACCACUCUGUCUGGAUAAACGGAUGCAUUGGUGCCAGGAAUCACCACUACUUUGUCCUCUUCCUCUUCUCCUUCUGCUUUCUCUGCGUCUGGAUGUUCUACGGAAGUCUUGUGUACUACACCAGGAACUGCCCGCUGCACUACUCGGACCAGGGCCUGUGGGCGGCCAUCACGGGGCUGGUGGGCUGCUGCCCCUGGGUGCUCUACAUCUUCGGCCUGGCCUUCUUCCACCUCGUCUGGGCCUCCAUCCUCUUCCUCGUGCAGCUCUUCCAGGUGGCGUAUUAUGGCCUGACGACAGCGGAGAGAGCCAACCUGAUGAUGCGGCAGAGGAAGAUGCCCCAGCCCAUGUCUCUCAGGCAGAACCCCUACAAUUUUGGCGUGCUGCGGAACCUGAUAAACUUCUUCCAGGUGCGCUGCUGUGGCCUGUGUAAGCCUGUGGUGGUGGACUGGACGCAGCAGUACUCCCUGGGGCUGGGCCGCGACUCGCCCAUGUUCGGAGGCACUGAUGCCGUCUGAUGUCCGCUCCCUUCCCCUCCGCUCCCCUCACCUCCCCUCACCUGGGGCAUAUACUAAGAAGCUGGUUCAGGA